AUGGGUCAAAAGCGAGGACAUGACUCGAAGCCUCAGGCUGUUGACGCUAAAAAGCGCAAAAAGGGCGGUAAGGGCGCAAAAGCCUCCCAAGAUGAUUCCUGGGACGGCAUGGUUAGCAUUGACGAAUUGAACUGGAAGGAAGUCGCCAUGCCCGACCGCAUGGCCGAUGCAGAGGGAUUCUUUGGACUGGAGGAGAUUGAUGAUGUGGAAGUCGUUCGUCCAAACGGUAAGGGCGAGAUUCAGUUCAAGGCGAAAUCAGGGAAGCCGAAGAAAUCUAUCGUGAGGACACCGACGGCCGAAGAAACCAAAUUUGAAGAAUGGGGUGGUUUCAGUGAUGGAGAGUCUACCGAUAAAGCGACAGGCCCAACGACUGUUACCCCAGCACCCGCUCGAGAAGUCGCUCCAGAAGCCGCUCCAGGGCCGAAGGAAGAUAAAAAGCCCAAGAAGAAGGAAACCAAGGAACCCAAGAAGAAGGACACCAAAAAGGAUGCCACACCAAAAGAAACAAAACCCAAGAAUUCAAAGCCCAAACAAAACUCCAAACAAAAUGCUGACCUCACAGCGCUUUCGUUUGCAGCGCUUGAGGACGACGGCAAUGAUGAUGGAGUCGAUGUAUCAGCUUGGGAUUCUCUUGGUCUGUCGCCGGAGCUCCUUACUGGCCUCUCGAAGAUGAAGUUUGCCACCCCAACUAAGGUUCAAAAAGCCUGUAUCCCAGCUAUUCUGGACGGUCACGAUGUUGUUGGAAAGGCUUCCACUGGUUCAGGAAAAACGCUUGCCUUUGGUAUUCCCAUUCUUGAGCAUUGGCUAGAGAAGCGCGGCAAGACAAAUGACUCCGCUAAGAAGCCCCCAGCACGCCCAAUGGCCCUCAUUCUAUCACCUACUCGAGAGUUGGCCCAUCAACUGGCUAAGCACAUUGGAGACUUAACUGGGAACUCACCUGAUACAAACGCCCGAAUCUGCCUUGUAACAGGUGGUCUGUCGAUUCAAAAGCAACAAAGACAGCUUGCCAAUGCUGAUAUUGUUGUUGGUACGCCUGGGCGUGUAUGGGAGAUUCUCAGCACUGGAACAGGGUUGAUUUCCAAGAUGCAACGUAUUCGGUUCCUGGUUGUCGAUGAAGCCGAUCGAUUGCUCAGUGAAGGUCAUUUCAAGGAGGUAGAAGAAAUUAUUGGCGCCUUAGAUCGACAGGAACACAAUGAUUUCCCAGAAAACGAAGGAGAGGAAGAAGAAGAUGAAAAAGAUGAGGAAACUAAGGCACGCCAAACCCUUGUCUUCUCAGCUACAUUCCACCGUGAUCUCCAACAGAAACUUGCCGGCAAAAGUCGCUGGACAGCAGGAGACUUGAUGGAUAAGAAGGAGUCUAUGGAGUAUCUUCUGAAGAAACUCAAUUUCCGGGAAGAGAAGCCUAGAUUUAUCGAUGUGAAUCCCGUACAGCAGAUGGCUCAAGGGCUAAAGGAGGGUAUUGUCGAGUGCCCUGCAAUGGAAAAGGACCUUUAUCUUUACGCAAUUAUGCUCUACCAUCCCAAGCAUCGUACACUUGUAUUCACCAAUUCUAUUUCAGCGGUCCGUCGUCUGACUCAACUACUGCAAUCCUUGCAGCUUCCUGCUCUUGCCCUUCACUCCGGCAUGGCGCAGAAAGCCCGACUCCGCUCCGUGGAGCGCUUCUCCUCACCAACCGCAGACCCUAGCUCUAUCCUUGUCGCUACAGAUGUCGCGGCCCGUGGUCUCGAUAUCAAGGGAAUUGACUGCGUUGUCCAUUACCAUGCGCCUCGCACAGCUGAUGGUUAUGUUCACCGAUCUGGCCGUACUGCUCGUGCCGGCGCCUCGGGUAAAAGUAUUCUCAUUUGUGCUCCAGAUGAAGUCGUUAGUGUAGCUCGUCUGGCUGCAAAGAUACACGCCAAAAGUGCCAAUUCCAAGAAACUGCCUCUGGAAUCCCUCGAGAUUGAUCGUCGUGUUGUAUCUCGUAUCCGACCCCGUAUCAACCUCGCCAAACGCAUCACCGAAUCCAACAUUGCCAAGGAGAAGGUUUCUGCUGACGACAACUGGAUGCGUGCUGCGGCUGAGGAUCUCGGAGUCGAAUAUGAUAGUGAGGAGUUUGAUGAAUCAAAGGGCAAGGGUCGUGGUCGUGGUGGUGGCCGACUCCAGCGUGAGAAGCAGGCUAGCAGUAUCACCAAGGGUGAGCUGGCUGGACUUCGGGCUGAGUUGAAGAACCUCCUCUCACAACGUAUCAAUAUCGGUGUUAGUGAGCGUUAUCUUACUGCUGGUCGUGUUGAUAUUGAAGCCCUGCUUCGUGGCGAGGGCAACGAUUCUUUCUUGGGUCACCUUGAUCCCUUGAACUUCUAG